GGAGAUCAAGGCAGGAAGAAAGCAAGAAAGGUCUGAAAGCUGGGGUGCUGGAACAGCAGAGGACAAAGUAACUAAGGGGAAUCUCCCCAUUGGUCUUGGUAAAAGCGGUCAGCAGACAUGCUAGACAUUUCUGUGGGGGUGCAGUGGCACAACCUCUGUGUUGCUCAGUGUGCAGUCAGGCUCACUUCUCUCUUACAGGCUGUGCAGUCUGGCAUGGGUUUGACUGUUUGUGUUCCUUGGGUUUCUACAGCUGACACAGUUGUGUUUUCUUGUGUCCCAGAACUGCCUAGCCAAACAGCUCCCUGAAUUCAGAGCUAGCUUUGGGUGACAGUGAAACUCUGCUGUGGGGAGUGCCUAGCAAAGCCGUACUCUUCUGUAGUGCUAGGAAGUAACUGCUGCUGCUACAAACACAGAAAUGCCCCAAGCCAAUAGGGCUGUUCAGUGUUAUUAGUGGUGGAUUCAUCACCUCUAAGCAAGGAACUGUGUAACAGAGCAGUGAAACAGUUUUCUCUGCACUUGUGCUACCAAGCGUUUGCUGGCUGUGUUGCCGAUGUUACGCCAUUUCUCCAUAGCAGCUUUGCCUGGGUCAGCUGGCACUGAAGCAUGCUUUCCUUGGCAGACCGAGCAUUUUGGAAGCUGUCAUGUUGUGUUGGGCUCUUUGAGCUGCACCAGGAGUUGCUGGAGUCAGCUCUGGCAAGCCCGGGGAGAGUCUGAAGUAGGGUGUUCUCUCCUAACCCAGAGAGUGGCCACGUCCAUCUGGCUGUGACCUUUUUGGGAGCCUUCUCAUUCAGCUCCAGCCAAAUGGGGCUGAAGCCUCUUCUAGCAAGCUAUUAGCACUCAGCAACUGCUCUGGCCAAAUGUCCUUUGUGUAAAGCCCCAGCUUAUGUACCAUGUACCAGCCUGGCUUUGUACCACGGGAGUAUUGCCCAACCAUGAUCCCAUCUCCUGCAUACACCUAUGUACCACUGCGCACUGGGAGAGCGGAAGACCCAAGCAGCUCCAUGAUGUUCCCUCCCAUCUACAUGCACAACUUCUACAGCCGCCCUUUGACCUUUGUGGUAGACAGGAGCAGCUAUCCUGACUAUGUGGGAAGUCAGGUGGAAUAUCACCACCUGUACGGUGCCUCCAACUCCUACUUCCAUCCAUACUACACCUGGCAUUUUCCCCCUGUGGUCCCCGUCCCGCUGUACAAUCCCUAUGCAAGCUACAAUCCCUACGCUGCCUACCAGAGGUCAGACCAGUAUCGAGAUAUGUGGCCAGAGGGCUUCACCAUGAGAGGGGAACUUCAGUGGGGGAAGCUUGGGAAGGUGUUUGGACCAAGGAAAGACCUCCCAGAAUUUGUGAAGGAUGAUCUCCGGAGGGUUUAUGGCACCUACCCACGGACCAAUGUCUCCAUCACCUACCGGAAAGGGGAGUUCUUGGUCAAAGCAGACCCCAGGGUAGGAGAGCAGGAGUACACAGUGGAGAAAAAUGUCAUCCAGAGGGCUCUGACCCCCAGUGCCAGUGAGGCAGAAGACAGCAGUGAGGAUCGGAACAGGAAGAUGAAAAAGAAACUGAGGCGUUGAUGUAGAUGGUCACACAACAAACAGAUGCUUCACAGCCCCAGGGAGCUGGCUGGCAGCUGGGAAGCAGCAGAAGCAAUGGGUGCUGCCACUCCCCUGGGCUUUUAACUCCUCCAUGUCCUCCACAAGCUUAUGGCAGCUUCACUUGUUUGAUGCACGAUGCCUGUCCUUUGAAGAAACCACCUGGCACUUUUCUGUCAGAUCAGCUCUUCGGUCCUGCUUUUGGAAUGGAUGCUUGCUUACCACUGGUUCGGUUGGGUGGCCACAGGCUGGGAGGGGAUUCCCAGAGAGCAGCCCUCAGUGAAAUGGGCCUCUUCCUACCCUGUCCAGGGAAAGGUCCUGAGAGCUGGGUCCCUUCCUGGCUCUCACCUGAGGAGAUCAAAACUGGAUUUCCUUCAAGCUGAAGGCAGUGUAUGUCCCAGAGGGGAGAGGAGUUCUCUGGCACUGUAAAGAGCAAUUGUCUGCAUAUCAUCACUGCUGUUUUAUGGCUGUACCAUUGUGCUUCCUCACGGUGUGAUGCCUGCAUGCAGCACUUUGCUGCACGCUGGCAGAAGAUUUCAGUGUCCCGAUCCUCACACUCGGUAACCUGGUGCUCAUUCCUCCUGGCCAUGUGUUCUAGCUGAAUUGGCUGCCUGAGGCUCUCCCCUGGGUCUGACCCAGCUCUGGCUGGGGAUGUUGCCUCACUGCUGAGGAUAGCAGAGCCCUGUAUCCUGCAGCACCUCCACAGCUGCUCUCCUGGGUCUGAGAAUGACUUGCUUGCAAACUUGUGCCUUUUAAAUGAUUAUAAAUAAACAAUUUAAAAAAGAA